GAGUGCAGCGAGUCUCAAGGAAGGAAGGUAGCAGAUAGUUAACGUUGGCUCUCCUCGUUUAUUGAACACUUACUGCCAUGGACGUCAUAUUCAACUCGGAGAUGAGUUUUCUUUAGCUGGUUCGGUAAAUAACAUUUCCUUAAAAAUAAAAUACGAUAAUUUGAGAGAAGACUUGCUAAGCAGCUAGCAAGGGCAUCGUAGUAACUAGGAAAUCGAUUGCCUGCUGGACAGGACAGCUAUAGUUGCAUUUGUCCAUGUGAAGAUCAAAUAUGUUCAUACGGGGACACUCGCGCUACGUUUGCUUAAACAUCUGAUAAAGAAAUGGAUGCCUUUAUGUAGUUAGAGAACGAUUAAGUUAACUUGACCAUUGUCUGUCGCAAUGCGUUUCAACGAGAAGGAGCUUGUCUCUCUGAGCCGUCAACCCUCUGAGCGGGCAGCGGAGCUUGGAAUGAGGGGACCGAAGAAAGGAGACGUCGUUAAGAAGAGACUGGUGAAACUGAUUGUGAAUUUCCUGUUUUACUUUCGCACCGACGAGGAGGAGCCUCUCGGAGCUCUCUUGUUGGAACAGUGUCGGGUAGAGAGAGAGGAUGAUCUAGCCUUUUCCAUAGCUUUUCUGGACGAAGCUGAGAGAAAAUAUCUGUUUGAGUGCGACUCCCAGGAACAGUGCCUUGAUUGGAUAGACUCCAUCAUUAAAGCCAGCUACGAGUUCAUGCGCAAGAACUUGAUCUUCUACCGCACUGAGAUCCAUCGACUCACAGGCAAGGAUCCUUUGGAGCAGUAUGGGAUAUCUGACGAGACUCGCUUCCAGGUGAACAGUGGCCUUCCUCCUCUGCCUGCUCCUCCCACUUAAACACCAUCUGACCCAUUCCCAGUCUCCAUAAACCACUUAAAUACACAAAGACAAUGCUGUUCAACCUCAAAUCGAAAGCCUAUUAUAGCCACCCAGCACCAUUAUUGGUAGCCCUGCCCUUUCUGUGGUGAUACCAGGUGAUGCCAUAGCCAUUGCCUUUCUGUAUUCAGCUAAUAACACCCAUCUCUUCUGGGGUCAGAGGUGUUUCAGGCAGCUUUCAUGAGAGGUAGCUUCUUAUGAUAUCCCAGAAAUGCGUAGAUAUAGGUCAUUAUCUUUGCACAAUUGGGUCAGGUUUUUUGGGGGUCAGUUUUUUGUUCUCUUUUUUUUGGUGGGCUUUUUUUUUUUUGGUGUUCCCUUGUCAUGAAAAUGACACUGGGAUGGGAUAUAGGGUUGUCUGGUUUUGAUGCCAUGUCUUUCACAGUGUAGGUACCAGCUGUGUCUGAGCCAGUUAUUUCACUGUCUUAAGUGGCUGUAGGGGGACAGACAUUGUUCUGACUAUCUGGGUUACACUUAUUUGUUCGUUUCAUCUCUCUUUUUUUACACUGCUGCUGUGUAGAAAAUCUGUGUCAGAUUUUAUGUUCACUGAAUUUCAUUUGUGCCUUUUUUUAAAGGGCACAGCUGCCUUCGUUGUGCGUUUUUGUAUCCAAAUUCUUUUGUUAGGUACAUAAGCAAAGUAGUUAGGCAUCAAAUCAUUCACGCAAUCAUUUUGCACAUUUCCAACUUUGUCUUUGUUUGUACUUUGUCUGUUUGUGUUUUAUGGUAGAUAGGAGUUUGAUCACAUCAGUACUUAAAUGAGCAAUUUGUAUUAGAAAAAGAAAAUAACUUCAAAGAUGGUCAGUAAAAUAGUAGUGUAAUUUAAUGCUGUUCUCCAAGCUCUCUGGAGGCACAAAAAUUUUUCAAAACCUACUUACUGUAUUUUUACGUGACAAAUGCUCUGUAUUGAAUACUACAGGACAAGGACCAUGUCAUAUAAUCUCACUUAAAAACAGCAAGAGUGUUGUCAACAGACAAGAACAUUCAAGUUAGCUCAGUUGUCUGAAAGUGAAUAUUUUAUUUGUUGCGAAUUACCUUACCUACCUUAGGUAGCUGACAUUUCAAGAUAAAGUCUCAACAUUGUAUCACUUUUUUACAAUACACAUUUGAGUUGGGCUAACAUAACUCAUAACAAUCAUCUAUUUUUUUAUAAUAAAGGUUUCCUUAAUUUA